GUCGUGCGGCUACAUCCGGGCUCUUUGUGGCGGUGUCACAAGCUUGUGAAGAUGGCGGCUGUAGGGAGGAAUACACAGAUACCUGCUAGCAUACAUGUAAAUAACAGUACGGCAGACAGCCAGAACCAGGAGGAGGAGGACGGGCAGAAUUUAUGGUCUUCGAUACUCAGUGAAGUGUCAACGCGGUCACGGUCCAAGCUUCCGUCCGGGAAGAAUGUGUUGGUCCUGGGUGAUGUGGCCUCUGGAAAGACUACACUGGUGGCCAAACUGCAAGGUGUGGAGGAGUACAUGAAAGGGCGUGGCUUGGAGUACCUGUACUUUAAUGUUCAUGAUGAGGAUGUUGAUGACAUUGCACGGUGUAACGCGUGGGUGCUGGAUGGGGAUCUGUAUCAUAAAGGCCUACAGAAGUUUGCAAUAUGUGUGGAGAACCUGGCUGACUCACUGGCCGUGUUGGUGGUGGAUCUGUCCCGACCCUGGCUGGCCCUCGACUCCCUGCACAAGUGGACCAGCGUGCUGAGGGAUUACCUGGACAAACUGCGAGUUCCUCCUGAGACCAUGAGAGAGCUGGAGCACAGAUUGGUGAAGCAGUUCCAGGAGUAUGUGGAGCCAGGGAGCAAUGUGGAAGGAGUGUCUCAGAGAAGGAAUGCAGAACCGGAGGAGGAGAGUGUUGUGCUUCCUUUGGGUGACAACACACUCACACACAACCUGGGCAUUCCGCUCGUGGUGGUGUGUACCAAGUGUGAUGCUAUCAGCACUUUGGAGAAGGAACAUGAUUAUAGAGAUGAGCAUUUAGACUUCAUCCAGUCCCACAUUCGACGCUUUUGCCUGCAGUACGGAGCAGCGCUGCUCUACACAUCUAUGAAGGAGAAUAAAAAUAUAGACUUGAUAUAUAAAUACCUCAUCCACAGGUUAUAUGGCUUUCCAUUUCAUUUCCCAGCGCACGUGGUCGAGAAGGACUCAGUGUUUAUUCCAUCAGGGUGGGACAAUGAGAAAAAGAUCGCCAUCCUACAUGAAAACCUCCAGACCAUAAAAGCAGAUGAUAACUUUGAAGAUGUAAUAGUGAAGCCUCCGGUUCGAAAGUUUGUACAUGAGAAAGAAAUUCAAGCAGAAGAUGACCAAGUGUUCCUGGUGAAGCUGCAGACUCUACUAUCUAAACAGCCUGCAGCUACCACAGGAAGGCCAGUGGACACCUCAAACAGAGCUCCCAGUGGCUCCCCGAGGACGACCAAUCGCUCGGCAGCCGCUAACGUGGCUAACGUCAUGCCCAUGCAAUCAGGUACCAAGAAGAUUGAUCCCAACAUGAAAGGAGGUCAGACCAGCGAGGGCGUGCUGGCUAACUUCUUCAACAGCCUUCUGACGAAGAAAGCAGGUUCUCCUGGACCUGGCCAGCCUGCAGGAGGAGGCAGCAACACUCCAGGAACAGUGCGCAAGUCUGGCUCCAAGUUGGGCUUGACCGACGUCCAGGCAGAGCUUGACCGAAUUUCUAGCAAGUCAGACAUGGAUCACUCCGCCCCCAACACGACCACGCCCCCUACUGAAAACGACGAAUCCUGAAAGAGAAGCAGGAUACUGAGCAGCACUGUCACGCCCCCUCCUCUCUGCCCCUCCAUCUGCCCUGCCCCCUACUGUCUUCAGCCUCUCCUCUCUUUUCGACCUCUCGGUCUCUCCUCGACUCGAUGAAAGAGGAAGUGACACGUUUCCAGCAAGGCCAAUGACUUGGAGCUGCAUGUAAAGCCAACCGCCAUGCUAUUUCUGUUUCUAAACACACACACACACACACACACACACAGUGAGUCUGAACAGAGAGGCCAUGAAGAGUGGAUUAGUACAGGAAUGAGGAAGAGAGUUUUAGGUUUUCAGGAUGUACAGUUAGUGUGCUAAUGAAUGUGAGGAUGUAACAGGAAGUAGUUCUUUAGAUGUCAUAUUUAUUGUCCUUUGAUUUCUGAUGAAGGAACAGAUUAAGAUUUGUGUGUACACAGAAAAAGGAAGCUGCUGCUCUGAACAUCACCAUACACAAAGCUCUUUACUACACACUUCACACACACUAAAAACACACUAAAUUGUUCACCUGUUCUGCUUUUUGCCCCAGAUCUGGUCGUUUAGAGCACAGUAAUGAUCUCAGCACUUCAGCUCCUCAGUACUCACUGGAUUUGAUUCUGUUUACAACCUGCAGGUUUUCCCAAACUCACCCUUCUGUCUCUGAGCAGUGUUUUCUUUUCUGUAUAAUAUGCACUACUGCCCAUGUAAUGAUCAGUGAUGUUCUCUAGACACUAGCCGGGUGUGUGACCGUGUGCUGGGGAGAGGACGAGUCUGUAGUGGAGUGUGUAGUAUCAGCUAGAAAACAUCACUGAAGUCACUCCAAGACAAAGAGGAUGAAGAGGUAGAGGAGGAAGGGCGUGUGAGGUCAGACGUCACUCCAUCCUGUUCCAGUGUACAGUCAUUUCAUGUCCAAAUUUUGGGGGGGGUGGUGAAGGAAAAAACCAACCACCGUACAAUAAGAAGGUCUCGUAAUUUCACAUGAUGUAGUCUCAUUUCUCUGGAUCAGGUUCUGUGAGCAUUCUAUUAAAGUUGUAUUUAUUGGGAA